AAGUAAAAAUUGAAAAUGAAGACCGUAAGGAUAGUUGGAAAAAUUCGUGCUUUGGCGUCGCGGUCUUUUUAGAGCGCAGGAGGAGAAAUGGAAUCGGAGUUUCAGGCGCCGAAGUCGUUCGUUUUCUUCCUCCGAUCGCUGCUGGUCUCCGUCGAGAGGAAGCUAGGGUUUCGAGCUGCUCCGAAGAUGGCGAAGGCUUCGAAGUACGCCCGGUUGCACGGCAAGAGAUCCACGUUCACGCUCGUUCUCGGGAUGCUCCUCGCGCUGUCCAUCGUCCUCCUCUUGCUCCUGGCGCUCGGCAUUGUGUCCCUGCCGAUCGCCGACGACGAUCCUCCGACGAACGGUUGGAGCUCUUUCAGGCGUCAGGCUUUCGAGAGUUUCAGCGGCGAUGGAUUGGGGCAGAGAGGUGAGCAGUGGACUGAAGUGCUGUCGUGGGAGCCCAGAGCUUUCAUUUAUCAUGGUUUCCUGUCCAAAGAGGAAUGUGAAUAUCUGAUAAAUCUCGCUAAACCUCAUAUGGUGAAGUCAACUGUGGUUGAUAGCGCAACUGGGAAGAGUAAAGACAGCAGGGUCCGCACAAGUUCUGGAACAUUUCUGCAGAGAGGACAAGAUAAAAUCAUCAGAGAUAUAGAAAAGAGAAUAGCAGAUUUCACCUUCAUUCCUGCAGAGCAUGGCGAAGGUCUUCAAAUUCUCCACUACGAAGUUGGACAAAAGUAUGAUGCUCAUUACGAUUACUUCCUUGAUGAGUUUAACACCAAGAAUGGCGGUCAACGAAUUGCUACGCUACUGAUGUAUCUGUCAGAUGUUGAAGAAGGGGGGGAGACAGUUUUUCCUGCUGCCAAGGGAAAUUUCAGUUCAGUUCCCUGGUGGGAUCAAUUAUCUGAAUGCGCUAAGCAGGGUUUGGCUGUGAAGCCAAGGAUGGGUGAUGCAUUACUGUUUUGGAGCAUGAGACCUGAUGCCACGCUUGAUCCUUCAAGUUUACAUGGUGGUUGCCCUGUGAUCAAUGGAAACAAGUGGUCAUCUACAAAGUGGAUGCAUCUCCAUGAGUAUAAGGUCUAAAGUCACCACGUACUUAGGAAUAGCAACACAGAGCAUGUUAUGGGAAAUAUUGUUGUCCUGCGAGAGUACAGAGGCUGUCUUGUUCUUUUAAUGAUCACUUAAUGCUGCUGACUAAACGCCUUGUUAUGCCCAUAUCCGCUAAGCUUUUUUGUUUCUCUAAGCACCGUAUUUCAUGAGAAAUUUGUUUUCCAUCUUUUAGAAGAGCAAACCCUUGUACUAUAAAGUCCGCCGGGAAUGUGCAUAGAUAGCUGGAGAACUGGAAUUUUGAUUAAUCCAAUGAUAACGUAGUGAUAUAAGACUAAAAUACGAAGGCCCAUGGUGUAUAUUGCUUCUCUCACUAUGCUUUCUUUGCCUUGUAUGCUUUUAAUUUUGGAGAGGAAAUAUGAGAACAUAUUGGAUUUGUAUUCUUCGGCUUUGAGCCCGUGAUUUUGACGAGAUUGAAAUAAGAGUUUCUCGUGAUUCCCCUCUCUUCAA